CGAGGUGCGGACGGCGGCCCGCGGGGAGGGGCCUGGGCGCGCACGGGGCCAUCCGCCAAUCGGGGCGCGUUCACUUAGCACAGACUCGGGUCCUGGGCCGGCUGGCACCGGGGCGCGGUGCCCCACCCCGAGAGGACUUCGGAACUGGCCCAGGAAGACGCGGGGCGCAGCCCGAGAGCGUUUCCGAGGGUCUCCGAGGCCCCGUGGAUCCCCGGGGAUGCGCGCCCUGCCAGCCCCGGACGCGCCGGCGAGCGAGCGGCUGCUGGCCCGAGAUCCCGAUGCCCCCCGGGAACCCCAGGGCCCCCGCGCGGGGCAUGCGGCAGGGACGGCGCGCAAGAGCGCGGUGGAGAGGCUGGCGGCCGACCGCGCCAAGUACGUUCGGGGUGCGCCGGGGACCGGCCCGGACCCCGCUUCCGAGGGCAGCAGCGCCGCGGCGUGCGCGGGGCAGGCGGGCGACCCUCGGCCUCUGACGCGCGCGCCCGGGUCCGCGGCUCGCAGGGCCAUAGCGCGGAAGCCGCUGAGGCCCGACUCGCUGGUCAUCUACCGGCAGAAAUGCGAGUUCGUCCGCGGGCCUGGCGCCGACAGCUCCCGGGGAGGCCUGGUGAAGAAGCUCUUCCAGGGUCCCGGCAAGGACAGGACGCCGGUGCCCGAGACACCCCGGGUGGGGGAGGCGAGCAGGGCCGGGGACGAGGAGGCCGCCCCGACCCAGCCUGGCUGCGUGGCCUACCCCGAGCGCCCUGGGCCCCCAGCGGCCCCGGCGCCCGCCCAGCGCGUCCGUGCGCCCCCUCCAGUCCCGGCGGCGCCCCGGGGCCCGGAGCUGCGAGGCGGGAGGCGCGGGGGGCUACAACGCUCGCAGUCCGACCUCAGCUCCCGCUUCUCUGCGUCCGUGGCCGAAUUCGACACCUUCUUCCAGUACUGCGGUCUUGAGCCCGAGGUCGUGGAGGCCCUCGGGAGGGAGAAUUUCUCGGCGGGGUCGGACCGCGUCGCUCACAAGGUCCGCAGCGUGAGUGUCGCCACUUCCGACAGCGGCUUCUCCAGGCACAGCGGUGGGGACGAGGGGCUGCAGGAGGAGGAGCUGACAGAGCAGGUGCCCAGCACCACCUCGGUCAUCGAGAGGAACGCCCGCAUCAUCAAGUGGCUGUACACCUGUAAGAAGGCUAAGGAGAGCGCUGGCCAGGGGCUGCAGGGCCCGGCGUGACCCAAACCCAAGCUCGUGUGGUGAGGUUCUCUUUGAGAACCGAGAAUUUGAACAUCGCAAUGUCUUUUUUGCAACUUGCUAUAUGUUAAAAAUUCAUGUGGUGGAAGUAUUUUGCCUUCAGAUAAACUAAUUGCAGAUACCUCAUCAGUCUUCCGAGCAGUGGGGGAGGCUGCCGCGAGACCUGCUUUCACACAGCUCAGCAGCUGAGGACCAGUGAACCUCUCUGAGUGGCCACAGCCUUGGUGCAGCUGUGGAAGUUAACAGGAAGAGACCAAUUCAUUGCUUCCCUUGAACUCAGAAGAAAUAUUACUUAUUUUCUUCCUUAUAAUUUAUUGAAGAUUGUUGCAUUUUCCACGAGGCUAACUCCCCAAAGAAAGUAUAUGGGCAGUCAAAAUGUAAAGAAGUCAUGUGAAAACAAGAACAACACGUUAGCUUGUACUUUGCACAAAUUGUCUUUUGGAGCUGAGGUGAGCGUGUGUCCGUGAUGCCCUGUGAGUGCCUUGGUGAGGAGGUGGGGCUCCUGGUCCGGGAGUGGCUCCAGAGAGACAGGGUCUGGCAGUAUAGCUGGUGGGGAGGGGAGGCCUGUGUUCUGUGAGUGAUCACUCCGGCAGUGGGGAUCUAGGCUUCCACUGUCCAUAAAAUGGAGGCAGAUGGCAGACGGCUCCAACCUGUACACUUUCUGAUUCUGUAUCAUCAGUAAUCUGUGUAUCUGUGUUCCAUGACUGGAACCCAGAAAAGGAAAAGAGCCAUUGUCUAUUGGACCACGUAAAAGUGAACAUACAAACAAGUUCCCUCCAGGUCGCCCAAGCUUGCUGUUCAUGCAGAAGAGGUAAAUGGGUGGCAGAAAUAGUGCCAAGGUAACAAGGCAAUGUGCCAGCAAUCAAAGUAGAACCUGGCAACAUGACAGUGGGGGUGCCCCUAGACCCUGUGGACCCAGACACAACCCCAUCCCCAGUACUCCAGGGUCAGCACAGUGACCUGCAAGAGAAUUUACGAUUCUGUCUGUGAACUAACUUUUCCAAGGCCCAUUUAGGUUUGAGCCUAUGAAAAACAGAACGAGUUCAUUUAGUCUGUGAGAACUUUCACUUUUGUGACAGAAAAGCCAAGAGGAAAAGUGAACCUAGGCAGAAGAAGAGACUUCCGCCCUCUCCGUUAACCCUGUUUGUUCAGUUGGGGGGCAGUGUCACCUGCCUUCUGAGCUAUUUCAUGUUAUUGCUUGGAGAGGGAAAUGGGUACCAUACAGAACCGACUGUUUUCUGUAUGCUGGCACAGUCACCAGCACUAUAGAAAUUUUCCUCACAAAUUUACUCCCCUGGACCCAAAACAUGGCCUGCAUUCUCUGAAACUUCAAUUCAGGGAGCCUCUAGCCUGACUGAUUGGAGUUGUGAGGAGGAAUUCAGUCUCCUGGUCUUUCUCCAGCUCGCUGGCACCAGGUCUGCUCAUGACCUCAGCCCCUUCUCUCACUGCCCCCAGACACACAGUCUCCUCCUCUGAAGACAAGCCAGGAUCCAAGGCACAGAGCACGGGGCUUUUACCUUCAUCUCUGUGGCUUGUCCGGCACCUGACCUUUCCUCAGGGCCACUUGUCUGAGACUAAUUUCAAAACUUCUGGAAUCUAUAGAAGGAAGGAUGCAAGCUGUAAUUUUUCUCUAGCUUAUCGGGCCAUUUGUGUUUGAAUCCUUGUGAACUCAUUUUAGAUUUCAUGAAAAGUGCAGAAAAUUUAAGGUGAAACAAAGGUAUGCUAAGUGAAAAAGAAAAUAAACAUAUUUUCCAUAGAGGUUUUUAUCCCCUCAGUAGAUGGAGAUAUUAUAAAUUAAAAUAAAAUCCCACCUAGAAUUAAAAGUGCCUAAGUUUAUUACCCCAUGGAGUAAAAAUCUUUGCUUUUCAAAAUUGGCAAUAUCAGGGCUGGAGAAUGACUCACAGAAUCUGCCCUGGGGAUCCGUGCAUAACAGACAGUUGCACACAUGUAAUUUGCUCUUCCCUUUCCUAGCAUGUAAUUCAUGAAAUUUCUCUCAUAUCUGCUCAUAUUUAGUCAUCUUCCUGUCCUUCAAUUCAGUAAAAUGACAGGCCUACUAAAAUUUAGGUCUCUCUGGUUUUCUGUCUUUUGCACAGAUUUUAUAAGUUACUGAUUUUAAUAUUAUUAUAAAAGAAUGGUAACUUGUCCUUUGCAUUAACAAGCGAUAAACAUUGUUCAAUUUUAAGGCAAAAAUCUCAGAUAUUCCACAGUUCUCUUCACAUUUCUCUUUGAUAAAAAAGGAAUUCCUGUAGAGGCCCACUGGACACUGGGGGGCAGAGCCAUGUCUGAUCAUUUGCAGAGAUGUGCAGUGAAGAGCUAACUGGGACUUUGCGUCUUUCUUUUAACUAGCUGGGAAGUCUUCAGCUACCAACGGAGAGCACAUUUUUAGGUAAACAAGUGGCUUGCGGAGCCUUCAGGCCACCUCUCUCUGGUUCAGUCGGCUUCUGGACAUUUUUGAGAGAUUUGUGUCUGAAAAGAGUGAACUCUCUUUGCCUUCAAAUAUUAAUUUGGACUGCCUGCCUUGCUUUUGAUUUUGCAGUCAAACUCUGUGAUGGUACUGGCCUUCUCAGCAUUCAGAGAAGUUUUCUUACUGCCCCAUGAGUAGUUGGAGGCAAACAGAAAUUUCAGAAGUCCAGAAAAAGGCCUGCUGGGAGAUGGGUAUUUGUUCUGUCAGAGAAACCAGGAUGAUUUCUGUCUUUACUAAGGCUACUGAGUUCUUUUCCAAAUUUAAAAUGCAGAAAGGAGAUGUUUUAAAAUGCAGAAAAUAUCACAAAACUGGAGACUGCAGGGACCAGACUCUAGUGCAAAGUUUGACUUUAAAGCUUCUGCCUAGACCAACGUGGAUUCACUGCUCUUUCCUUCCUCCAGGAACAGGCCCUCCUGGCUCCAGGGCUCCGUGGGCGUGAACCAUGACGGGCGGCACACGGGCUUGCCCAGUGCAGCCAAUGACCACAUGACUGCUUUUCCAGUGAUAAGCGUCCCAUUGAGGAGGCUUAGGUGCUUUCAGAAGGCUUGAAAUGUGUGGAGCAGAUGGGAACACGGAACUUGGAAAUUAACUGUAACUAUUGUAACAACUGAAGCUCUGGGAGAUAUUUUCUUGUUUGAGGUGGAACCAUCCUUACUUCCAGAAGAGGAGAAAGCUGCCGGGAAAUAUUUUCAGGGGUACCUUUUUGACCAGCUUGCUGACCAGAGGUACUAUGAUUCAUUUUAAUGAUAACAAAGUCGAUUUGAAAAAGAGAAAAAGCAAAAAGCAUGGAAAGCAAGCAUGAAUCCCGUGGUGCUGGCUGCCUUCAGGCAUCUCGGGCUGAUGGGCACCCAUUAAAUCAGAGUGCUGUGAUCAUGAGAAGUGCAGUCUGCUUAAAUACUCCAGCUGACAGAGUGAAUGGAGACCUCUGCUUCCAGGCGCGGGUGCAGGUACACUGCCCACGACGGACUGUGGCAGUGAAGGAAUCAGGAGGCACUUUUACAAUCACUUGAAGGCUACAAGCUCAUCUCACUGAUGCCAGUCCCGUUCGGUGGUAGACAUGUGGAAGCACCACUAAGAGAUAAGUUAGAAUCAAAAUAUAGCUAAAAAACCUUUUCUUGUUCCUGGAAAGUUUCCUGAGAACCAUUUGGAACGGGCCUCCGUGGUUCUUCUUGUGCCAGCUUGCCAAGAGGAGUGGAAAGCCACAGUUACACAGAGCAUGGGUUCACAGCACAGGCUCCGCCCCGGCCUCUGGGCUAACUCACACCGCCUUGCACGCAGCCACUCCACGGUCGGCUCCUGUCCAUCCUUCUCUGCAGAGGGUGCACUGGAGAUGAGGGGUGGCCUCUGGGCAGUGGGAGAUUCUGGGAUCAGAAUGUUGCUAGUUAGGACUGGCUGUGACCCCAAUUCUGAACCAACUCAUGACAUCCAAAGUAGAUUUCUGAUUCAGAACCUCUUAGAGAACUUUUGUAUCAAUGAGGACAACCCAAAGAAAAUUUGUCAGUCAACUUGUUCAAAUAACGGAUUAUAAGUACAUGUUAUCAAAAUGUCUCCCUAAGAACAAAAUUAUUAGAAUAGGAAGGGGAGAGAAAUGGGCAUCUCAUUUUAUAUUUUAUAAAAUAUAAAAAAUAUUUUAUAAAUCAGUCCUUUUUGAUAUAUUCAUGUAUGUGUUUAAUACUGUAUUCUAUUUUUGUAACUGUUUUACUAUGAGAGUAGGUCUUUGAGUUACUUAAAUAUUUAUCUUACACAGUUAAGGGUCUUCAAAUAAUAUUCCUUCACUUCAUAUGGUUUUAGUAAAAACUAAAAUAUCAGUAUAAUUUUAAGUCAUUUUAUCCUCAGUUAUGUUUUGUAUAUGUUGUUCAAUUCAGUGUUCCAACUGUUGACUAUAAGCCGAGUGUUAAGGGCUCUGUACUGUAGUGAUGUGUUUUCGAAUAAGUCCUGGGUGUGCAUUUUGGAGACUGUUGGCUGAUGGAUGCACCUUACUCGCUGUAGGCUCCGUUUAAAGAUAACAGAUUCCCUACUUCAAGAAUGAGUCCCCAGUUACUCCUCUAAAACGCUGCUACUUUGCUGUUCACUGGAUUGCACUUAGUUUAAAAAGAUAAUGUCGAAGAUGAGAGGAGUUUUUUUUAAAGGAUCUUUUCAUAUGCCUAUUUCCCUCCUUUGCGGAUGUUCCAUUAAUUAUAUAUGUGAAUGCUCCAAGUAGAAUAGUUUUGUGCCUUUUUAUGGUCUGAAUAGGAUGAGUGGAAGCCUAGUUCAGAUUUGUCUUAGAUCAGAAUGGUGCAGACUCACCAUCCACAUAAUAAAUGAAAAAUAUGAAAACAAAUUGGUGACCACUUAAAAGCACCAAGAUCUUCCAGAAGCGUCCGCACUUUGGUACAGCUGUGGGGAGGGGAAGGGUUCCGUCAGAGUGGAUUCCGGAAGUAGAUCUCAGAUGACUGUGAAGAACAGUGUCCCCAGACUCCAGCAGGGGUGAGUUGAUGCUCUUUCCUUCCAUUCAGAUUUGUGCUUUAGCAUCAGGGUUGGAGGCAAAAAAAUCCUUCCCUAAUGCUGAAUAACUCCAGUUUGCUGAGUGACCUUGAGAAAAUUAAACUUUGUAGCACAUUAUGAAUGAAAGAGUUUGUGAUUGCUUUUCUCAAAGAUGAGCAAUAGUUACUGCUGCAAGAUAGUUUUAUUUGUUCCUGAAAGAAUAGCAUGUAAAACAACAUGAUUAAACACAAUGGAAAGAAAAAAAUACUGAUAAAGAAAUUUCACUAGUAUAUGGGUACAGAUAGCAGAGCCUCAGAAUUAAAGAUACUAAUGUAACUGGAAAAUUUCCUCAUUAUAUACAUAUGAUACAGAUUUUUUAAACUACUGGUCACAGACACUGGAAGAAGGCAUUAUUAAACAUUGCUGUUUUUCAAUAGGUUAAAAUUUCAGUGCUAUGGUUAUAGUUGGUGAUACCAUAAAACAUCAGGCCCAGACAACUGUUACGGCAGUUUCUAAACAGAGUUUUUUCUACACGGAACUGGAGUUCAGUGUUGUGUAUUCUAAAUUAAAUAAAUAAAGUAUUUUUAUCAUUUUA